CCAAAGGAGAACAAAGGAGAGUUGAAGAGAGCCCAUGAUGGGGGACUUAAAGUUCUGUCUUUCCCUACUCCUAACCAUACUUACCUUGGCUUAUGCCCAAGAGGAGCAGAAAACCUGCUUGAUAAACCAAAGAUACAAAGCCCACCACAAGUAUGAAUACUUGUACGAAGCUGAGUCCUUAAAUGCUAUCAAUGGUGCUUCACAUCUGAGGAAUGGACCUAAAGCCACUUGCAAGGUUGAAAUUGAAGUACCUCAGACUUGCAGUUUCAUCAUCCACACCACUGGCUGUAGCCUGAGCGAGGUGGUCGACAUGGACGCAGAGGGCAACCCUGUGUUCAGUCCUGCAUCCAGCUCUGAUGCCUUUGCUGCUGAAAUGGAGAGAUAUUCUCUAAAGGUUGUGGUUGAUGGUGUGUACGAUGUGAAACUGUAUCCUGAAGACGGUGAGACAACAACAAUUAUGAACAUCAAAAGGGGUAUCAUCUCCGCCCUGGCUGUGCCUUUACUGGAAGAAGAUAAAAAUAAGAAUAUGCCCACUAUCCACGGCAAGUGCAAGACCACUUAUUCCAUCAAUGCUAGAGAAGAUAUUGCAACUGACAUCAGCCUCACCAGGGACCUGUCCAGAUGUGACAAAUUUAGCCCCAUGAGAGAUCACACCAGCCCCUUGGCGCUUAUCUCUGGCAUGCACUACCCUCUUGCCCAGCUGGUAAGAAGCACCCAGACCUGCAACUACAAGUUUGACAAUGAGAAAAAACACAUGACCUCUGGGUCUUGCACAGAGAACCACAUCCUCAUUCCUUUCUCUCACAAGGGAGAAAAUGGAGUUACCAAUGUUGGAAAGCAAGAACUGACUCUGGUUGAGGUUUCUCCUCACAACGAAAACAUCUUUGACCGCAGUGACAUUGUCAAGGGUCUUCACAUGGAGGCUGUUGAGGACAAGAGUGCUGUCCAGGAUAAAGAUGCAGGUCUGAACCUCCUGAGAGAACUGGCCACUCUGCCCGAGACCGAGGGUGAGAGGAGGGCCCACCUCUUCCACAACAUUGUCACCAUGGUCCGUGGAAUGAAGACUGACACCCUUAGUCCUGCCAUUCCUGAGGCUCUUGCAGUGUCCCCUGUCCUGACCUAUCAGGUCUUGGCCCAGUGUGGAACCCCUGAGUGCAGCAGUGCCAUCAUGCAGAUCCUCAGGACUUUUGAUACCUCCUCAGUCGAGGUUGAUGCCGGUGUUUUUGCUAUGGGACUCGUAUCCAAUCCUUCUGCCCUCUUGAUCAAUGACAUGCUUGAGAUGGCCAAAUACAAGCCCAGCAAGCCCAUCAUGUAUGCCCUGAGUAAUGUUGUCAAGAGGUUUUACAAAGCUGAGGGAAAACUGAUCCCUGAGAUUCACUCUGUUUCUGAGUUCAUGGCUGCCCAGUUGGGUGACUGUUCUGGUGACAACGACAAAACUUUCAUGACACUGAGAGUUAUUGGAAACAUGGCUCCAGCUCUGGUAUCUGCUGGCCCCGCACUCAGAUCUGCUGUCAUCCAGUGUGUGAACCAACCUGCUGCUUCCCUGGCUGUGCAGCAGGCUGCCAUCCAAGUGUUCAGGCUGACUCCCGUCCCUGAGGAGGGUAGAGAGAUUCUCAUGCAGGUGCUUUUGGACAGUGCCAGCCCCAUGCAAAAGCGCAUUGCUGCUUAUCUGGUACUUAUGAAAGACCCCCAGCCCACUGAACUGGCCCAGCUUGCCGAUACCUUGCCCAAUGAGCAGGACAAACAAAUCAAGAGCUUUGUGAUCUCCCACAUUACCAAUAUUUUGUCCUCAACUGAGCCAAAGACCCAAGAACUAAGACAGAAGAUUCGUGAUGCCCUGCAGGGUAAUGAGGUCGGGCCCACCAUGGACCCAACCAAGUUCUCUCGCAACUACAAGAUUGGAUCUGUGGAGGGUAACAUGAUCUUUGAGGGUACCAGCUACCUGCCCAAGGAAGUCAUGCUUGAAAUGACUCUUAAGGCAUUUGGCUAUGACAUUGACAUGAUGGAGGUUGGUAUGGAAGGCAAAGGAUUUGAGCCAACUGUUGAUGCCCUGUUUGGAGAGAAUGGCUUCUUCCCUGACACUGCCCUGAAGACACUAUACUUUGUCUCUGACAAAAUGCCAUUGAGAGUCAAUGAGAUCCUUCAGAACAUGCUGCCUACUCUGAAAAAGGACAGAAUGAAGAGACAGGCCUCCCAAAACCUGAUGAAGGAGAUUGGACGCAACCUCAAUAAACUUGUCAGGGAAGUGAAGAUGGCACAGUCUCCUGAGGCAAUGGUUUAUCUGAGACUUUUGGGAAAUGAGCUGGGAUAUCUAAGGACCACUGAAAUCACAGAGAUGACCUACUCUGCUGCCAUGAUGAUUGACAGCAUGCUCAAGAUGUUCCCUACUGAUAUCAUGAAGGCCCUGAUGACCAAGGCUGACAACACAUUCUUUGCCCACUACAUCUUUAUGGACAAUGAAUUCUUCCUGCCUACUGUCACUGGGGUGCCUCUGAGGAUUGCACUCUCUGGUACUUUCACCCCUGGUUUCAAGGGUGGAUUUAGGAUUGCUCGUGACAUGAGCAAAGUUACCUUCAUGCCCUCUGGGGGCAUUGAAUUUGUAACUCAGGUUGGCUCCCACAUCCCCGAAUAUGUCAACUCUGGAUUUGAGAUGCACACCAACAUUUUCCACAAGAGUGGGCUCAGUGCCAAGAUCUCCAUGGAAAGUGACAAUGUCAGGCUGACCAUCCCUGCUCCAAUAAGUCCUACAAAGCUGAUCAAAAUGACAAACACCCUGAUGGCAGUCACUGGAUCAGAGGUGAAGACCAUUCCCCCGAUGGUGAUGGACAAGAUUGAUGUUAUUGAGUGCAAUACUGUCUUUGCUGGAAUGAAAUACUGCACUACUCUGCAGUACACUGAUGCUUUCUCUCAGGAGACAGCCCCCUACUUCCCCAUCACCGGAGACAGCAAAUUUGCUGUGGAGCUCCAUCCUACUGGCGAAGUCACUGAGUACACAGCCAGUGUUGUCUAUGAGCUCCUCAAGGAGGGAGAAGAGGGCAGGCAGAAGGUUGACUCUGUCAAGAUUAUUCUGAGGGCUGAAGGUGCAGAGCCCACUGAAGCCAGAGCAAUCAUGAAAUAUAACAGAAGAAAGAAUGUCAUCACAGCGGACAUCCAGAUCCCUGACUAUGAUGUGGAGGCUGGACUCAGGCUGGGUGUUGUCGAUGGAAACACCAAGGGCAAAGGAACUCACUCCAUCUCUCUUGACUUCAUAAACAAGAACAUACCUCAGCUCUCCCUAGUUGGCCGUGCCAAUCUGAAGGCCAUGAAGGAAGGUAUGCUGCAAGUCCAACUUCUUGUCCCUUCAUUCAAUGCUGAUGCCACCGUCACAGCUAACAUGAAACAUGAUGAAGAAUUAGAAUUGGAGGUUAAGAGUGAAAUCAAGGUCAUGGACGCCACCUCUGAGCAGAAAAUUACAAUGAAUUACGAUGCCAGCAAGAUUGAAGUUGAAUUAAAAUCAAAUGUGAACUCUGAGCUCUCCGACAUCCUUUCAUACACUGACGAGAUUAAAAAGUAUGGAAAUGAUGUUCUUGACAUGCGGGUAGGGGAGACUGACAUGACCGUCCAUCAAAUCUUCAAGGCAUUUGUGGAGGCAACAAACAACCACAUGGAAAGGUACAGUGCUGAUAUCCCUUACAUUCAGAACUUCAGAGUGCCUGAUAUUCCUGAGAUUUCCCUGCCAAAGAUAUUGUUCCUCAAUACUGAGGCAAAGGCUGUCUACUACUUCAACAAUGAGCGCUUCACCAUUGCUAUCCCUCUCCCUCUUGGAGGAAGGUCAACAGAAGAGCUUAACUUUCCUCCAGCUUUGACGACACCUAGCUUGUCUCUACCUCUGUUUGGACUGGAGAUUGUCUCCAUUAAAAUUCCCAUCCCAGAGCUUGUUGUCCCUGAGAGCCUUACUCUGUCCAUUCCUCUUUUUGGCAAAGCUGAGGUUUCAACUCUGAUGAAGAGCAACCUAUAUGACAUGGAAGCCUCAAUGGCUGCCGGCAAAGAUGUUGUGGAGACACCAAGCUACUCAGCUAAAUUUGAUGUGAAAGGAACCUCCCCACUUGACAUAUUCUCAAUAAACAUUGAAGGCUCUGGAAUGUUGGCCAUCACUGAUUCCAUCAAAGCCCAAUUGAAAAGCUCUUUGGCCCAUAAAUUCCUUGAAGCCAGUAUAAGUAUCGUUGAGGAUGCAACCAUCACAGACAAAAUCAAUUUGAAAUCAAGCAGCAAGAUUGAAGCCACAAGCCCAUUUGGUCUCAAUAUUGCAGUGGAGCACACUGGCAUGACUGAAAUCAACACUGAAGAAAUCUCUGCUGAGAGCAACUUUGAGGGGAUGUUAACAGUUGGACCCAUGUAUGGCAAGACCAUUUCAACCCAGUCAUUUUCCAUCUUCCCAUUCAGGCCAGAAGUAAAGAUUGAUUCUACUGUUCAGUUUGAUUCCACCAUUGUUAAGGCCCAAAACAUAAUUACAGCAAGACUUGCCAAUGGUGAAUUCUCAGUUGUGUCUAACACCAAUGGCUUUGAAGACAUCUUGACCCAUGUUGCUGAGCUUUCCUUCAAAGACAGCAAGCUGUCACUGAAAUAUGAUGCAAAUGCCCUUGCUCUCGGCAUGAAGAUCCGCAACCAGGCUGAAGCCUCUGCUGGAGCUGGUGAAGUCGUCAUUAGAAUAGAGACAAAUGCAGACCACUCUGAAAACCGUAUUUACUCUCUGUUGACUGCCUCUCUUGAUAUCAAUGGUCUGGCUGUAAACAGUGAUGCCACCAUGACACUCCUUGAGAAUGAGGCUACGCAUAAGGCAACUCUGAAAAUGAACAAGGAUGGUUUGACCACAAGUGGAACAACCACCCUCCAAAGCCCCCUUUCCCUGGAAAACACCUUUAAUGCUGGGCUUGAUGCUUCAAGAGCUACUCUAUUCAUUACCAACAAGGCUGCAAUGCGUGACAUCAAGGUUGAUAAUACCAACACUCUGACCAUUACUCUCUCUAGCCUUGACUUCAACUCAAAGGCUGAAGCUUCCGACAGUGAGUAUGCCUCUUACACCCAUGAUAUCAAUGUCAACCUGAAAACCUACACUGCUUCUGCAAAUGUUAAAAACAACUUAAAACUUCUGGUGACCAACUUCAUUAAUGAGGCUCAGCUGCAGGCAGAGCUUUACAAGAUGGACCUGACUGGAAGCCUGAAAGCCAUAUAUGGUGCAGAAGAGAUCAAGCACACCUAUCAAGUAAAUUAUGCUGAUUUGACAGCUAAUGCAAAGUGCAGCACCACUGGAAAACUCCUUGGAACUCACAUGAGCCACAACACCGAGCUUGAAGUUGUCGGUCUUGCUGCCAGGAUCACCAACGAUGCCCGUUUCAACUCACAGCCAAUGCGCUUUGACCACACUAUCCGUUGCAGCAUUGUUCCUUUUGAGUUCAACCUUGAUGCUGUCUUCAAUGCUGAUGGAGAUAUGACCAUGUAUGGGAAGCACAGUACCCAGCUAAAUGGCAAGCUUCUCCUUAAAGCGCAGCCCCUGGCUUUUGCUAGCUCAUAUGAAUGCAGAGUGUCAGUAAACCAGCAGCUACAUGCCGGUUUUGUCCUCGAAACAAUUAUUGACAACAACAUGGAUACUGUUCUGUCCCUCCAAGAGCAAAAGACUAGUUUCAGAAUGAAGUCUAAAUUGAAUGACCACAUUUUCAAUCAGGAUCUGAGUGUUUACAAUACUGCAGAGAGAACUGGAAUUGAGUUUUCUGGCACCAUCCUCACAAACAUCCUCAGUACAGACUCCACAGAGAAACAGGAAUUUGCCAUCUCUGGCUUCCUUAAGUAUGACAAGAGCACAAAUACUCACAUCAUUCAGUUUCCUAUAAUUGAAAGUAUUUCUGCUUUUUUGGAAAGUAUCAAGGUGCUUGUUUUACAUGUUGCAGAGACACUGCAAAACUAUGUUAACAAUGAGGACAUUUGGACUAAACUUGACGCUCUUUCACAACAUGUAAGUCACCUUUUUGCUCAAUUAAAUAUAGAAAGCAACUUCAUUCAGCUGAAACAGAACCUAAAUGAUUUCUCCCACAACUAUGUCAUCUCCAUGGAGGAUUUGGAAGCCUCUUUGAGAAAUCUGAAGGAUGCUGUUGAGAAACUGCUGGCUGAUCUCACGGUUUACAUCCAGCAAUUUGCUGGUAUGAUUAAAAAAACUAUUAUUAGUGGCACCCUCCCUGAAACCCUCAUUCAGAAGAUUCAGGAACAUCUGAAUGUCAUUAAUGAGGAGUAUGACAUCCAGGCAAUGGUUGUGUAUGUGAUUGAUACCAUGAAGGAGAUGAUCCAGCAGAUUGAUUUGGAAAAACUUAAGGGCAGCAGCAUAGCAUUCCUGCGUGAUAUUGAUUCCAAAUAUGAAGUCAAGGCUAAACUACAAACAAUCAUGAGUGAUAUGAAACAAAUAAUUGAGACCUUUGACAUGCAAAAAUAUGUUGUUGUGGUGAAGGAGUUCAUUUCAUCCAUCAACUUUAAAGCUCACAUUGAGGAACUUGUGAGUCAGAUUCCCACUGAGAUUUUCAACGAUAUGACAGAUUACAUUAAGGAAAUGAUUCAGGAUAUUGACAUCCUAGGUAAGAUCAACACAUUCUGUGCCAAGAUGAGAGAGUUGAUUGUAAAUUUUGAAGCUAACAAAAAGGUGCAGGCUGUCUUGGAAAAGGCUGUUGAGCCCAUCAAGCAAUUCAGAAUUGAGGAAACCUUCAGGGCUGUAGCCAAGCUGGUGAAGGAUGCAGACAUUCCUAACAAAAUCAUGCAAGACUUCCAGAGUGCUAUCAACUACUUGAAAACAACUGAGAUUAAGGAUAUCAUUUCACAGUUGAAUUUAUAUAUUGGCAUUAUUGAGCAGAAAUUGAAUUCAUUUGAUUAUAAUGACUUUGUGAAUUAUGCCAAUCAAAUGACAGCUAAAUACACUGCUCAUGUGAAUGACCUGAUCAGGACUCUUGAAAUCCCCCAGAAACUGGAGGCAACAAGACAUUUUGCCAACUUUGUCUUAACCUUUGUUAGGGGUUUUGUGGAACAAGUGAGAGAAAUUGUAAAAAAUGUGAAGGAUGUCUAUGACCAGGCUCUGUUAAGUAAUCUGAAAGGAUUUGCUGAAAUUAUAAAGCAAGAAAUUGCAAAACUGGAUGUCAACGCUGAAAUUACUUCUUAUCUGCAGUUGGCAAAGAAGUGCUAUGCUGAGUUCAUUACCAUUGCCACUGAUAUGUUCACCAGUGUGGUUGAGAUCAUUAAGAAGGUGGCACCUCAGCAAAACAUUGUCAGUGAGAUAUUGCAGAUCAUUGAGGGGCUGAUUACUGGACUGAAGAAAGCCGAGCUUAAAAUUCCAUCAUUCACCAUUCCUCUCACUGAUCUUACUGUGCCUUCCAUGAAGUUCAGCAUAGAUCUGCUUCACCAGUUUGAAAUCCCACCACAGCUGUACAUCCCUGAGUUCACUAUCUUGGACUUCCACACUGUGCAAGCCACCACCAUCUCAAAUAAUGACAUUAAACAGAGAAUCAUUGACUUAAUUGAUUUCGUUCUCAACUUCCAGGUAAAGAUGCUUGAUUUAGGUGCUUUGUUUGAAAACCUGACUAUAAAUUACCUUCCUGCCCUGCCUGAGUUUUCACUUCCUGAGAUUACUUUACCUGAGCUGUCCUUUCCCAGUCUUCCUCAUAUCCCAGCAGAGAAACUCAUAAAGACUCUUCAACUACCAACAUUUAAGAUGCCAGUCAUUCCUAGUGAGAUCAUGAUUCCAGGAUUUGGCAAACUGAGUUCUGAGAUAAAAGUCAACUCUCCCAUCUACACUAUUAGGAAUGCUGCUGAAGUCCAGAGCUCUUUUGAUGUAGAUGAAACUUCUCAGCUGACGGCUUUUAUGACUUCCCAAGGGACAUCUCUCAGCUAUGAAAUCCUUAACUUCAACCUGGAUUCCACUGCUCGUAUUGCUGUUCCCAAGGGGCAAAGUGUGAUUGCUGCUGAGACCCUUAAGUUCACUCACAAUUUUCUUGCCUUGGACCACCAUGCAUCUGUGACAUUUGAUGACUUCUCAGCCCAGGCCUCAGCCAAGACCAUAGUGAAAGCCACCACAUCACCUUACAAUGCUGAGCUUUUAAAUGAAGCUUUCUUAGCUACCAAGGAUGUUUUGUCUGCCACCAUUGACACUUCCUAUAAACAUCUGCUCAACCUCCCCAUCGUGGGCCUCACUGGUGAGACAUCUGUAACUCAAAAAGCUGUGGCCCAACAGGAAGGUGCCUCUAUUACAAUAACUGUUGGUAAUCAGGGUGUUACCACCUUCAACUCUCAUGACAGUACCCACAAGAGUGACCUGCAAGUCACUGUCAAUCCAAAUACAGUCAAGUUGACCUUCAUUAGUGACACAGAUACAUUCAUUUUAAAGAUGAGACAGACCCUGAGUGCUGACUUCUUUAUCUUCAGCUAUUUCAAGUUUGAUAUUCGCUCUGAAGCAGAGGGCCCAAUAAUCAAAAACAACCUUUUAGUGGGAUCGGUAAAUGCCAAUCUGCAUGACAUGAAGCUUGAACUGAAGGCAACCCAUAGCACAGAUUUAAUUGGUAUUGUCAAUGGAGCUCUAUACAAUCAUAUUGAUGUUUCUCUCUGUCCCAGAGAGGCUGUGUUCAGCUUUCAGAAUAAGGGAAACACCAAGAUCAAUUUCAGUGAUGUUCCUACUGCCAACAUUGAUCUGCAGAAUGAUUACUCCGCAACAUUCAGGCCUGACACACAACGUAUGAACACUGUAGCUCUGGUCUGUCUUAAUCAGUAUUCACUUUUCUGGAACUUCACUGUAGACAACAAUGAUAGGGAAGCUGCCAUCCUUGCUGCUGUAGAAGGGAAGGCAAACCUUAAUUUCCUGACUAGGCCCAUCAGCAUUCCUGAGAUUUAUAUUCCAUUUGCUGACUUACAUACCCCAGCUAUUAGUGAUCUUGACUUGUACGACCAAACCGGGCUGAAACACAUUUUGACUUCUACUGAGCAGACCGUUAAUGUGGACGCCAAGAUGGUUUACCAGAAAAGCCAGGCUGCCCCCCUUGAUAUGAUGGGUCUGACCAAGAUUCCCUCUAUGGGUAACCUGAUCACAGAGCUGUCCUUCAAGUCUGCCAUCAUUAAUUUAAAUGUCAAUGCUGGACUGUAUGCUGAGGAUGAUCUUGUGUUCCGUCUGGGAGCUACCACAACCUCUGUGUUUGAGGUUUUAAAAGCCAAACUUGAUGGUAUCACCAGUCUGACCACCAAGAGAGGAAUCAAGUUGGCCAAUUCCUUGUCCCUUGAAAAUCAACACAUCGAAGGCACUCAUGACAGCUCCAUCAGCAUGAGUACUGAGACUUUUGAAACUGCCAUCUCUGUGGCCACUGUUGCAAAGAUUGCCCUGCCUAUACUCAAUCUGGAUGCAAACCAAAAUGUGGUUGCAGACACCAAAACCAAAGCAAAUGCUGUCUCCACCUUCAGGAUUAAGGGUGAUUUCAAUCUCCCUGUGAUCAAGGCUGUUGGAAAGGCUGAAGCAGACCACAGUCUGAAGCUGGAGGGAAGCUUUGAGUAUGUUUCCAUAGAGUCAUCUACUAAGGUCAACAUGGAUGGCACAGUGCUUGAAGACUAUCUACUUUUGGGAGUCAUGGAUAAUGACGCUAAUCUUUAUCUGAAUAAGGAUGGCCUACGCUCCACCUCCAAGGUCAUUGCUGAUACCAAGCUUAACCAAGGCACCACCAAAGUCAUGGGCAUGGAUGUAAAUGAGAAUAUUGCUGUGGAAGCCUCCCUGAGCCGUGUGUAUGCAGUGCUGAAGUACACUGGCAACAACGAGGCAAACCUGUUUGAUUUAAACACCAACGGGAAGCAUGUUGUCCAGGCUACCAUUGAUCUUGCCCCAACCUCAUCCUUGACUGCUGAUAUUGAGAUUGAUAUAUCUCAGCCAAGCAGCCUGGGUGACCUCACCAUCUUUGAGAAGACCAUUGCUGAAGUGACAGCUGCCAAGCAGAAGAUAUCCACCAAUGGCAAGUUUGUCAGCCCACUGUACACCACAAACCUAGCAGCUGAAGUAGAGGGCAGGGCUCCUGUCUUCAAAGUCAGCUUUAGGUCCUCUGCCACCUCUGCCAUUGUCUUCUUGGAAUAUGACAUGGACUCUUCCAUUACCAUAAACCUUGAACAUGCUGGCGUAAGCCUGGCUGGGAAGGUAGUUUUCACCCAUACUGAUCUGACCUUGGACAUUCAACACAUUCUUUCCCAUACACUGAGUGACUCCCGUCUCACCCUAAAUGUGGACAUAACCAGUCCUACCUUCACUGACAUGAACUUGCGUUAUGCUGUCCGCAAAGAUGGAAUCAGUGCCACAAUUUCUAUUCCAUCUACUGGUUUUCUAGGUCUUCAGCUCCAUGGCAAGGCCCCAUCUCAGAUAAAUGCCAGGCUUUAUGGUCGUUAUGCUUCUGAUCCUGGGAAGGAUGUUGAUAUCUUCACCAUUAGAGCUUCUGCCAAGGAUGUUGAUAAAAUAAAUCUGAAGAUGGUCAUCAACAUGGAUGCCCCUGACAUCAUGCUCAGGGGACUACAAGAAAGACUUUCUGCCAUCACCUCUUGUUUGUCUAGCCUUUUUGAGAAAUACCAACUGUUCAAACAUGCUGCUCAGCUGAAGAAUAGUAUUAUUUGCUAUACUGAGGAGGCCCACAACAUUGCAAACAACCAUGCCCCACAUCUGAGUCAGGUGUCCAUCCUCUUUAGGAAUACUAUCGCUCAGUACCAGAAGACUGUUCAGGUCUUUCUGGAUAAUGCCAUCAAGUUCCUGAGGGAGACCCAGGUGAAACUGCCUGGCUCUGAGGAGAUGACCCCUCUCAUUAAGGUGCUCAAUAAGCUGACCACCAGCAUUACUACUAUGCUAGAGAAGGCAAUGCACCUUGUGGUUGUUAAUGUAGAAUAUGUUUCCAGUGCCAUGUUUGGCAUGACCAGAAAAAUUCAGGUCACAAUGCCUAUUGGUGAUGUCAUGGCUGGAGCCAAAAUAAUUGACGGCAUUAGGGACUGGGUAAAGGCUAUACUUAAUCCUAUUGUAGAUCUUCUGAAGAACCUAGAGAGUCUAGACAUGUUCCUAGAAAAACUGGGUGACACCUUAAAAUUAUUUAUUGACAAAGCUCAGGACUUUAUUGACAACACACUGAAGUCUGAUGUCCUUGAUGCCAUUGCUGUCUACAUUAAUGCUUUCUAUGACAAGCACGUAAGCUUAAUGAAAACAAUCACCAAGUAUGCAAACACAGCUGUGGACAUUGAGUCGAUAAAUGGCACUAUUAAUUACAUUCUGGAUAGUUUCAGAUCUGUUGUGAAUCAAUUUUAUUAUACUGUUACUGCUUAUCUGCAGCAGGCUCCUGCUCAAUACAGUUCUUAUGUAAAAGUUAAGGGUAGAAAGCUUGAGAUUAAUUUUUGAUUCCACCUUCAAGAGAAAAGAUUAAAAUGCUUCUCCUUGAAUGGCUACAGUAUUAUCUAACAUACAUUUGUAAGUGUUCAAAACAUAAAAAUACAAAGAAUAGAUGAAAAGAUUCUAGAUGAACAUAAACUAACAUGUUCAGUUUAAUUUAAAAAUAAAUGUGAAAAACAGUUGAUGAGCAUAUACUAAUGAUAUUACAUGUAACAACAAUGCCUAUAACAACCUGUAUAGCCUGUGUUGCAAGUCUCAUUUUUCUCUUUUUGUGUUGGUGUAAAAUAAAGUGUGUUAACUAAA